AUGGCGGCAUUAAAUGCCGUGAUCGGAAUAAUCGAGGCUAUGGAGGAUUCCAAGAAGAGACAGGCAGCACUCGACUCGCAUCAAUACUCGAAGAAUGGAAUUCUACGCUAUGAAUUCAUCUUUGGCCGCGGCUUCGUGUCCUCUGGAGGAGGAGAGACGACGGCUGAGAUACUGAAGGAAGUCUCUCUUCCGAAUUUCGGCAAAGCCAUCGAUGUAGGGUGCGGCAUAGGUGGCAGCACAACAGCCCUUGCUGAGACGUUCAAUGCCCAUGUAAUGGGCAUAGAUUUGUCUUCCAACAUGAUUGCGAUUGCAAAGGAACGAUGUAACGCUCGGUCCGAUGUGGAAUUCCUUGUGGCGGAUGCCUUAAAUAUCCCAAUAGCUCCAGAGACCAUCGACCUCGUUUACAGCAGGGACACUAUUCUGCAUCUAACCGUCGAGGAGAAGAAGCUACUUUUUAGCAGAGCCUUCUCUUGGCUCAAACCAGGUGGACAGCUCGUGAUUACAGAUUACUGCUGUGGACCCCCCGAGUCUUGGGACGACGAGUUCAAGGCAUAUCUUAAAGAGAGGAACUACCAUCUGGUGCAGCUAGACCAGUACAAGCAGCUUUUGGCAGACACCGGGUUUCAUGUAGUUAAAGCAGCAAACCACACACAGAGGUGA